UCUCACAGUCACAGACUCCAUUAUAUUAUCGCAACGUUGUAAUGAGUCUGACAUUCACUGAAGUUUUCUGUUUUGUUGUUGUAACUUUUCGUAAUUUACGUUGUGUACUUUUCUUCGUUGGCCCUGCGAGAUGCCUUGGCCUGUACCCAAUCGACCCCGACGGUCUUCGGAGAGCGACUAUUGCUCGGCUAGUGACGGUAGCAUGCCACCUGAAAAGAUUCCAGAGAGGGACCCAGCACAGUCUGUACAGGAGCGGCCGGAGCCAGCGAGCGCCAACGACAAUGGGGAAUUGGCGUUUUGUGCGGCUGUGGGGCGGCCGGACACGGAGACCGUGCCUGGCGUCUUCGUGCUCAACGAGCUGAUGACACGUGUGUCCGACAGCGACACGCACGUGUUGAUCAGGGGCACCAUCGAAUCCAUGGUCGAUCCGCUUCGCUGUCCGUUGGGGUUUGAAGAAGGCGCCUUGGAAGCCUGCGUGACUUUCUACGCCGGCAUGCCUGUGGGGCUGAAAGCGCAUUUGGAGACGGUCCACGGAAUGCACAACGUGAACCUGGCCUGUCCCUGUCCAGCUAAAUUCAACGGCGGUGUCCACUGUGAUUACGUGCAGUUCGACCCGGUCGGCUACUUUUUGCCUAGCCACAUCCGAGAACGCCAUCCGCAGUACAAGGAGCGUAUGAUAGACGCGCUGUGCAAACAGGAGAAUAAGAAAACCGGCGAAAAGCACCGGGAGUUCAUCCGCACGGCCAGGACCAAGACCUUCCCGGAGUGGACCGGCGAUUCCGCUCGCUUGUGGCCGAGUCAGAUUAUGGCCGACAGGAUCGUCAUCCCCACCCGGGUGCUGGACGGGCAAGUGAAGUACGUCUGCAAGAUCGACGUGUGCGCCACCAGUGACGAAGGCCCGGGCCGGCUGCUGGACUCGUCCGGCCGACUGCACGCGCACUUGAUGAUGCAGCACGGGCGGCGUUGCGCGAACCCCACCCAAAUCUAUCACGCCUGCGCCGACCCGGAGUGCCGGGAGCAGCUGUUCGAUGCUGACCACAUGAUGGAGACGCACAUCCGGGCCGUGCAUCCGCAGCUGUUCAACGCCGGCCAGCCCGUGCUGUACUCGGAGGCCGCCCAGAAGGCUCGAGCCCGACUGGAAGCGCUCGUGAUGGAGGAGAGCAUCGGGGAGGCGCUGAGCAGCAGCGUCGAUUCGGAAGAGACAGCGGAUACUUUUCUCUGCAACUACGACUGUCCCGUCCAGGGCUGCGAGGUGAAUUAUGACGAGCGCGAUUAUAUGCUGUGGCACAUCGCCGUCGAUCACGAGGACGAGUGGAAUGCCGUCGCUCGGCAUGACAACGAUCAGGCGGUCGUGUAGCUGCGGCGCCUGUCGCACUACGGGAAUCGGUGUCGUAUAGGGUGGUGGUGUUACCGGUUACGAUGGCUCAUUAGUUGUACUAAGUCUCUCGCAGCGGGCGGCACAGAUUGUCUGUUGUGUCCCCAUGUUGUUUCUCACUUUCUCGCUCACAUACCGGCACUCUUCUCCUAGCAGCUGCUUGUUCCUUUCACCGGAUAUUUUGCACAUUGUUAUUGUUAGAAGUUUGCUUUUUUGUCAGUAUAUUCGCCGCGCUUUCGUUAUUCCAUAUUGUCAGACUGUUUGCCUUUUGCGGCAACGAA